AACGGAGGAGAAAAUUGCGCCGGUAGGGAGAGUUGUUGUGACUACUUAAAAACAAGUUUUGGUUUUACCUUAUUUUAAUCGAUAUACUGUUACUAAGAGUGUUACUUCUUCGUCUUAUUCCUUUCAAUCGAUACUUUCUUCCCUCACUGCGUGCCACACGUCUCCACUUCUCUCGCCAGGUGAUGAGCAAGUUAAGACUGUUGUGUGAUCAGACCGACCACACCACCUGCUGACAUUAAUGCCCACGAGUCUUCACGCCAAGCACCAAUUUACAGAUCGCAAGCCAGAUAAUUUCUAAUUCUAAUUCUAAUACAUAGGUUGAUUACAGACCUUGUUCCGCAGCCUUUUCUAAUUCUUACGGUAGAAAGAUAGAAAGAGAAAUUGAAAGAUAGACUCAUUUGUGGUCGCUGUAGUAUUCUCACGACGUUAUUUCUCGCUUCGUUUUCUACAACCGUUCAGACAACAAAGAUGUCCCGCUUUCUGAAAGCGUGCGCAGUUGCGGCCAUCUCCGUGGAAGGUGUUAAGCUGCAGCCGGCGCCAACAGCGGAGCAACUUGAACGAUUUCUGAAGAAGAUCUUAUGGCUUUUCAAUCUAGCGCAGAUUUUUUUUUGAUUUUUACCGGGGGGAAGAAGCGUACUAUAGUCCUGUGGAAGAAAAAAAUAUAUUUUUCCCCUAGACUGAUGUGUACAUCAAUUUUUAGUCAAGCACAGGCUUUAGAUUUAGUAGCAGACGUAAACGAGAUGACCCGGGGAAGCCGUGGGGCACAUUAUCGUGGAUGACUAACGUCAGCAGUCGUCAAGACGUCGUGAGAACAGUCAGAUUUUCUCUCUCCUUUAUAUCACUAGUAUUUGUUCGGAUAUCUAAGUUUGACAAGGAUAAUCUCUUCUAAUGCCGACACCUCCUUAUCCUCUGAAGUGCUCCGAAACGCCCGUGGCCCUGCUUCACGAAGCUUGUGGGUCUGAUGUCAAACCGGAAACGCUCACUGGUGAAAUGACACCUGCCAAAUUUAAGAAGUUUGCCAAACGGAUGGCCUCCGAACUCACGAAGGCAUCCCUGGCCGAACUCCAUGAAACCUUCAACAAGAAAAAUAUUGAGUAUACGCAAGAGGUCUGCUGCCCAAAAACGUGCUGCUAAUGGUCAUCUCAAAGCUUUCCCAGCAGAGCAUAAUGAGGACGGACGGAAGAGCACGCUACAUGUAUGAAGGUGAGGUGAGAAGUACUUGUAGUAACAACUUACUGGUGCCAUUUUGGAAUUUUGGAUGAAAAGUAAAAAAUAUCGGUCAUAAGCGAAAAGUAGAAGCAUUCGUAUUCAUUUUUGUUAAAAAUAGUUUAUGUCGCAUGUGUUGAAUGUCGUCAGGUGAGUCUUGGUUUGGUAUAUCCAUAUAGCCGUACAUAGAUUUCGAUCCCUAUCAUCAUUAUUAAAAAACCGAAUGAAAAUAUACUCAAGAAUAGACUCUCGCCAGCAAUGUAUGUGAUUACUUCAUUAGAGAUUUAGAGAUAAUUAAUGAUAUGUCUACUUCGGUCAAGCAGCAGAUGUGGAGGGCGACCGAGACUGACCGAAAAAUGAUUGGAGACCGAUUAAGCCGGUGCUAUCUCGUUGUGAAUAUUAGAUAGAAAAAUAUCCAAAGUCCGCGAUUUGACGCCGCAGAGAUAUCAACGAGCAAGUAAGUGUUUUUUUGCAGAUAGUUAGUACGACUAAAGCGAAUGAAUUCACUCCAUAAGAGAUGUCGAAAGACAUCCAGUUGUAAAUAGUUUUUCCAUGAAAUAGAUUUAGAUAUCAUAGUAAAGAUUGAAUGAAAUGUCUAAGUCAACAUCUACUCAUUGAAGCUGUCGUUGUACAACCACUUAGUUACAAAUUUUCCGAGUAGUGUAGUUUUUCUGAUCGCGAAUGUCGGUUUUCUCGUGAAGACGAGAAUAUAAGUCGGAGGUUCAUAAUCAUGUUCCAUUGCACUACUAGAACUACAACUACACACAAGACGACAGAGGAGGCACAUAUUUGGUAAGUACACGAUAAAUUUCGCAGCAUGGUGUUAGCUGAAGAUUCCUAAGACCUCCGACGAAGGAAAGUCGAG